AUGAACGUACCGCACGAUGCCAGUGAAGCUGGGAUCGCAGCGGGUGUGAAAAGAGCCUUCAAGAUGGUGCACCCGGACCAGGCAGGCAGGCUGUGGCCACCGUGCGGUCCACUGCAUUAUGCGAGUGCGCUCAACUCAACCCAGCCGAAGUUUGUGGAGCUGGUGCAGCAAGCGCAAUGCAACUGGCUGCGCUGCUGGGCCAUUGACAACGGGCUGGCAGCUGUGCCAUGCCCGGUGGCGGCUGCUGCCGCGAGCGCCCAACGGCAGAGAGUUCGCGAAGAUUGGCCGCCGCAGCUGCCCGGCCAAGCAGCCUUGAGCCAGGUGCCGAGUAACUUUCGUCGGCCGCCUGCUGAGUAUUCACGAGCCAGCGUAGGCCAGACCGAAGGUGUGGCAGCUGCUCACUUGCGGGAGGACGGGUGA